GUGUCUAUGCUCCCUUCUCUUUCAGAGCUGCACUUGUCCGCAUGUGAACUUGAUAGCAAUAUGACUUCAUCUCUCGGGUCGGUUGCCACGUCUGUCUCCGAAUGUUGUUACGUUGACUAUUGCUAACAACUCAUUCUCGGGACAGAUUUCCCCUUUCAUGUGCCAGAAGAUGAAUGGAAGAAGUCACUUGGAGGUCCUUGACAUAUCAAUUAAUGCUUUAUCAGGGGAACUUUCUGAUUGUUGGAUGCAUUGGCCGUCUCUUACUCGUGUAAGACUGGGAAGCAACAAUCUAUCUGGUAAAAUUCCUAAUUCCAUGGGUUCUUUGGUGGGACUUGAAGCAUUGAGCUUGCACAACAAUUCCUUCUAUGGAGACAUACCCUCAUCACUAGAGAAUUGCAAGGUUUUGGUGCUGAUAGAUCUAAGUGACAAUAAAUUUUCGGGGAUUAUACCCAGGUGGAUUUUUGAGAGGACAAGUCUAAUUAUUAUCAACUUAAGAUCCAAUAAAUUCAUGGGCAAAAUUCUUCCACAAAUAUGCCAACUUUCUUCUCUUAUAGUGUUGGAUCUUGCUGAUAAUAGUCUGUCAGGAUCAAUACCCAAGUGCUUGAAUAAUAUCAGUGCUAUGACUGCAGGACCUAUCGGGGCUAUUGGGCAUGAUGCUUUGGAAAUAGUUUCUGAUUAUAAACUUUACAAUGAAAGUCUUGUUUUAGAUAUAAAGGGGAGGGAAGUAGAGUACGAAAAGAUUCUUAAAUAUGUAAGGAUGAUUGACCUUUCAAGUAACAAUUUAUCUGGAUCAAUCCCAAUUGAAAUCUCAAGUCUUUUUGGACUGCAAUUUCUAAACUUAUCUCGAAAUCAUUUAAUGGGGAGGAUACCAGAGAAAAUUGGGGUGAUGGCAUCAUUAGAAUCUCUAGAUCUCUCGAGAAAUCAUCUUUCAGGUGAAAUUCCUCAGAGCAUGAGCAAUUUAACAUUUCUUGAUCACCUGGACCUGUCAUUCAACAACUUUUCUGGGAGAAUUCCUUCAAGCACCCAGCUUCAAAGCUUGGAUCCACUUUCUUUCUUUGGCAAUCCUGAACUGUGUGGAGCCCCUCUUACGAAAAACUGCACAAAAGAUGAAGAGACUCUAGGUCCCACUGCUGUAGAAGAAAACAGAGAAUUUCCAGAAAUCUCAUGGUUUUACAUCGGCAUGGGAUCAGGAUUCAUUGUGGGGUUUUGGGGAGUUUGUGGAGCUCUCUUUUUCAAGAGAGCAUGGAGGCAUGCUUAUUUCCAGUUUCUUUAUGAGAUGAGAGACCGGGCCUAUGUGGGUAUAGCAAUAAAAUUGAAGUGGUUCCACCAAAAGCUGAGAAGAUACCAUGCUGGAUGAUCUGCAAGGGAGUGUAUCAUUCUCACAUGUUUCAACAACUUCGAUGGCAUGGCCAAGAGCACUAUAUAUUCAAAGUGGUAGUCUUAAUGUCGCGUUGCAAUAAUUAUCUUUUGUGUUGUAGUUUCUAUAUAUGUUAUUGUUGUUGUGUUAUGAUAUUAAUUAGUAAUAUCUUUUAGGCACUAAUGCCAUGAAAAUGAAUCCAGUGUUGAUGCAUCUGUAGUCCCUUUUUUACAAUCUUUUGUAUAUAUACGUAUGUAGUUACAACA